GAUAACUUAUGUUUUUGGUAACAAAUCGAUAUGAAAAGAAAUAGAUGGUCGAAAUUCGAGCCACCUACCAAAUUUUAUGGUUCUUGAUAUAUUGAAAUGUCAAUUUAUUCCAAGUAUUUGGCUAAAGAGUCCACUUGUUUGAAGAGGAGUGCACAAGGGUUCAAAUCUAGGAGUGGUAAACGGUUAGUCGGUUUUAAAUCGAUAACAAUGGUUAGUGAUUAAUUUAUAACCAAUAAUUUCUUUGUGGUUCGGUUUUGGUUAGCUGUAUUUUGUUUAUUGGUUACCGACCGACUAAUCGGUUAGUGGUUAACCGAUAACCAUCUAUUAGUAUAAUCAUAUAGUUUUUGCCUUUGGUUAAGGAAAAAAGUCUCAGAAUUCAAAACCAACCAAAGUCACAAUUCUAAUCAUCACAAUUCACAUUUAUUGCAAACAAACCUCCACCGAAAGUCUCAAAUAUGUUUAAUAGUCAAACCCCGAAAGUCAACCCUAUUUGACUCUUGUUUGCAGUAGGCAGAGCGAAUCUUGCGCCCUAGUAGUUUUUGUUUCUAUGAUGUUUGUGAAUAAUGAUGAAUUAGUUUUAUGAGAUUUUUUGUAAGUUUCAUGGAACGUGUGGCAUGCUUUAAGAAAUUUGUGGUGUAAUAGUGGUCUGCUCUAUGAGCUUUCUGGUGUGCUUUAGGGAAUUUGUGAUCUUUUCAAGCAAACUCGUGAUAUGCUUUAAUAACUUAUAGUCUGCUUUAGGAAACUUGUGAUAUGCUUUAAUAAACUUGUGGUCUGCUUUAUGAGGUUUCUGAUCUGUUUCAAGAAACUUGUGGCAUGCUCUAAGAAACUUAUGGUACGUUUUUUAUAGAGUUUGUGGUAUGCUUUAUGAGAUUUCUGAUAUGCUUCAGGGAACUUGUGAUCUGAUUUGAGUUUUCUGGUAUGUUUUAUGAUUGUGGUGUGGUGAGGUUGUGAUUAGCUAUAUAAUCUUUCUAGUAUGUUUUUAAGGUAUUUAUGGUGUGUUUUAUUGUAUUUGUGGUUUGUAUUUUGUGGUAUGCUUCAUAAUAGUUGUAUUUCUCAUAAUUUUUAAUAAUGACAAACGUGCCCCUCCGCUUAUUCGGUUUGAGCGUUGACUAGGGAUGGCAAUUUGAACCUGCCUCGCCAGGUAUUACCCGACUUGACCCACGAUGGGCGGGUAUUACCCGAACCGCAGUAGCGUGGGGCGGGGCAUGAGUAUCUACUUCCGCCCCGCCUUUUUUUUGCCCAUUCUAUCUCAGUUUCUUACCGUAUCUAUUCAUAUUUCUCAUAUAUUGACUUUGUUUAACUAAUUAGGUUUGACCUUUCAACUAGUUAGAGUCAAUUACCUUUUCUAUUUUCACUAUUGUUCAUUCAUAAAGUGUUUUCCCCUUCGUUUUAUCGUAAAAAGUGAAAUUUUACGUAUAUUUUAUCAAAUAAUAUGUCAAAGUGGGUCGACUCACUCUGGCCCGACCCAUAGUAACAUGGGACGGGACAUUAAUAUUGAGGUACCCACUCCAACCCCAUUACCAUCACUAGUUACCAACACCUAACCUGUUCGAAAAACCAUACCCACCAUCACAGACAGGCAGUAUUCGGUUUGAAUUUUACCCUAUACGCAUAUAAAAAUCUUUCACUUUCAAGAUUUAUCGAGAAGAUAUGCCAUUCAGAUCCCAACAUCAACUAAUUUUACACCUUCCUUUUACCCUGAAAAUUCACCCAAAUUCUUACAGCCGCCCGUCACCCACCUAUGCGAAGUUGCGAACAAACAAAAUUUACCCUCUUAAUUCGAGAGUCGAGACUCCUUUCUCCCGGGCCCGGAUAGAAUAACAACAACAUAUUUGUUGUUACUAUAACAACAAGGACAAAAAGGUAAUACAACAAAAACACAAUAAAAAUUAACUAAAAUGGAAAAUCAAUUUUUCUCCGUCCCUCCAUCCAGAUCUCAGUCGUCUUCUUCGUCUCAUCGUCUCAUCCAUCCCAUGAUUUCUUCUUUCUCCUUAGCUCCGGCAUCGACGACAAUCCAAACAAGAAAAAAUAGGCGGAGGUUGUUUUCUGAUUCCCCGUUGUCUCUGCGUCACUGGCUGCGGGAUCGGCCGCGGCGGACGGGUCUUCAGGAACUAGGUCUUCGAAGGCUCGUUGUUGGGCGCUGACUACAGGAUCAAGCGACGGCCGAACCACUGCAACUGUAAGUGUGCGCUCCACGACAAAUCUCGCAACGGCAGCGACAGAAGUUGCGGGAAUUGCAAGAACACCGUCUCAUAGAAGAUUCGUCGGUCCUGGAGCAAAGGCUUCAUUGCUCUCGCGGUAUCUUCCGGUGCCAGAUCCGGAUCGUCCCCUUCGUGUUCGUCGAAGGCGUCGAGCCGAUCGGCGACCACCGCCUCCGACCACGCCUUGUCCUUCCAUACGUCGACGCAGAGGUCAUAUAUGAAGCCGAGCGCCCCGCAUCUGCAAGGCGGCGAAAGUGGCCUCAAUCGGGUGGAGAUGGAGCCCGGGAAAAGGAAGAAGAUGAUCGUCCUCUUCCCCCUGCCUUCGUCUUCUUCUUCUUCUCUUCCUCCGAGAAAGAAUUAAAAUUAUUGCCCCCACAAUCUAACAACCCAGAAUCAAUGAAAUUGACGAGUCAGUGAAAUUAAAAAGGCAAUAAUUGUGGUUCUUUUUCAUCAUAAUAAUUUCUACAAUAUUAACUCAAGCAGAUACACUAAUUUUAAUUCACUUGUAAUUGCAAUUAGUGAGUCCAAGUAAUUUUGUAACUUUCCUAAUAAUUACCACAAAUCUCUUGAUUUAAACCAUAAAUACCACAAAGUAAACAACAAAUAUUUCUAAAACACACCAACAACCUCUUAAUGCAGACCAGAAACAGAUAAAACAAAUCACAAAAAAGCAUACCAGAAACCUCCCAAUGCAUACCACAAAUCCCCUAAAACAAACCACAGACCUCACAAAACAAACCACAAAUAUUUUGAAAGCACACCAGAAACUUCUUAAUGCAAACUAGAAACCUCCUAAUGCAUACCACAAAUAUCCUAAAACAAACCACAAACCUCACAAAGCAAACCACAACAUUUGCGAAAACACACCAGAAACCUCCUAAUGCAAACAACAAACACAGUAAAUCAAACCACAAAAAAGCAAACCUGAAACGUCCUAAUGCAGACCACAAAUAUAUUAAAACAAACCAGAAACCAUUCAAUGCAACCCACAAAAUUUUUGAAAGCAAACCAGAAACUUCUCAAUGCAAACCACAAACAUGAUAAAGCAAACCACAAAAGGCAUACAAAAAUAUGAGAAACCAAACCAUAAAUCUCACAAUACAGACCAUAACAUCCGGUGAUCGUUGACCGGUCAACGAAAACCGUUGACCAAACUCCGAUGACCGUCAAUCACCGGAUUCCGGCGCCGAUAGGCAUAUUCCGACCCCGAUGACUAGAUUCCGACGCCGGUAAGCAUAUUCCGACCACGGUGAGCAUAUUACGGCGACAGUGGCAUAUUUCGAUGACAAAAUAGCAUAUUUCGGCGAUCGAUGGCCGAAUUCCGGUGACCAAAAUUUUGGACAAAAAAUAAAAAUUUAUAUUUUUAUUUAAUAUAUUUUCAUAAUGACA